GGAGAAGCAGGCUCCACUCAGGGAGCCCGAUAUGGGACUCGAUCCCAGGACCUGGAGGCAGACAGAUGCUCAGCCGCUGAGCCCCCAGGUGUCCCUUGUCCCUGUCUUCAUGGCACUUCUCUGGGAGUUAUAACAGCCCCGAUGAGGAAGAAUGAGAAAUGACAGGUCCCGGUAGGUAAGUUUGCACAUCUGUCUCCCCCGUCGAUCGUAAAUGCUUCGAAGGCAGGGACCCCGUCUCCUGCAAAGCACACGGGACAGUUAUCUCCUCGCGGUAGGUUCUCGGUCGGUGUUUGUGGGCUUUCUGACAUCUGGCCGGGGUGGGCCACGUGCCCUGGGCACCCUGCAUCCUGGCUGGGCUGGCUGGCGAGCGGCCUGUGUGGGUUCCAUGCCCUGUUCUUUCUGUUGCUAACAGCCCCGGGGUGUCUUGCCGGUGAGGGAGGGCAGGCAGGAGGCCUGGGCCGCCUCCCGGCCAUGCUGUGGGCACACGCUGUGCCCUGGGGCUGGUGGUGGUGGUGGUGGGGCUGCUGAUCAGUAGGAUAGCUACUGAGGUUCUUGGCCCGGACGGGAAACGGGCCCCGGUUCUGGCCCUGGGGAUGGUUGGCAAGUGUGAGGCGAUGCCCCGCGGGUUUGGUUGGGCUGCAUAUCCAGCCAUAUCAGCUCCCUUUCCUUCAGCCGGAGUGAACCUUGGACUGUGUGCCACCUGCUUCCCCAGAAGCAAGGGCGGCUGCCAGAGAGAACAGAAUGCCUCUAAAAGUGGGGGUCUCAGAUGUGCCUUCAAGCUGCCCCUCACUGCUGGGCUUGGAGUGAGGAGUAGUUGUUGGGGAGGAAACAUUCCCAGGAAGGUGCUGGACUGUUCUAGAAGAUGGCAGGCCAUUCUGGAAGGCAGCCUGAGACUCCUCUCGGUGCAUGACCCUGGGGCUGGCUGUGUCCUUCAGAGGGCAACGUGGCCAUCCACAGGGGGGGUCAGCUCGUGAUUAUUGAUGCUAAUGGAAAAAAGAAGUGACAUGGAUAAUUCAAGAUGGCAGACAAAUCAAUAUUAUUUAUAUUUAGCUUGUGAAUAUGCUGCAUAUUUCUCUGCUGGCAGAUUGGUCUUCACAAUUAUAUUUUGUGGAAUCCAAGAAUCUGCUGUCCGCGGGCCAAGGGCUGCCACCUUGCUCCCCCCUAGGAGGGUUGUUGGAACACACAAGGACCCCGCGUUACUUGGCGGCAGGUGCAGAGUGAAGUGCCAGCCCAUCCCGCCCAGUGCCACCCUCUCCCCGCCGUGUGGUGGGCACGCCGCCUCUCCUAGGCCGCCCACUGCUGAGAAGCCCCUGCACGAGGGGAUGGUCUACCCAGACGGUGGGUGUCGUGCCGUUGCGGUAGACGAGCAUGGAAGGAUGUAUCCGCAGUCUGUUGUGACCAUGAUGGUGGAAUAUUCGUGUAGCACAGAGCCUGCUGGUGCUGUUCCCCUGUUUCCUCUGCUGGCCCUCAGGACCGGAGCCGCCUGGCCGGAGGACACGUGCUGGGCCAGAGCAGAUGACCGUCUGUCCAGGGCGGAGCCUGGAUGCGUGCCUGGCGCGGGCAGCCGUCCCGUUGCUGCCCCUCCCUCCUCUUGUCACUUGACAAAUCAAGACACAAAAGGAAAACUGACGCUGGUUGAGAAUCUCAGGUCCCUGAGAACCUGAAGCUUUUCCUGCUGAUUCUCACUAUUUCUCAGCAAAUUUCUACCCGAGAAAGUUCCAGAAAGAACCCCGUGGGAGGCCUCCCUGCUGCAGUGAAGCAGGCCUCACCCACCACUACCAGCGUUAAGUCAGAACGGCCAGAGGAAGAUCCUGCCAGCAUUUCCCCCGAGCUGGUCCACAGGCCCCUCCGGCCGGGAACCCGUUCCGGGAGCUGUCCGUUGGCAAACAGAGAGCCCACAGUGCCUCGGGAAAAAUUGGCUGAAUAAAAGGGCAAUCAGGACGCCACGGCUCCGCCUGAAGCGAUGGCCCAGCCCUACCCCCCUGCCCAGUACCCCCCUCCGCCACAGAACGGCAUCCCCGCCGAGUAUGCGCCACCCCCCCCGCAUCCCACGCAGGACUACUCGGGCCAGACCCCAGUUCCCCCGGAGCACGGCAUGACCCUGUACACACCAGCACAGACCCACCCCGAGCAGCCGGGCUCGGAGGCCAGCACACAGCCCAUCGCCGGGGCGCAGACAGUGCCGCAGACAGACGAGGCGGCACAGACAGACAGCCAGCCGCUCCACCCCUCCGACCCCACAGAGAAGCAGCAGCCCAAGCGGCUACACGUCUCCAACAUCCCCUUCCGGUUCAGGGACCCUGACCUGCGGCAAAUGUUCGGGCAAUUCGGAAAAAUUUUAGACGUGGAGAUCAUUUUUAACGAGCGGGGCUCCAAGGGUUUUGGGUUUGUAACUUUUGAAACUAGCUCAGAUGCUGACCGAGCCCGGGAGAAGCUGAAUGGGACGAUCGUAGAGGGACGGAAAAUUGAGGUCAAUAACGCCACGGCCCGCGUCAUGACCAACAAGAAGACUGCGAACCCCUACAGUAACGGCUGGAAGCUAAAUCCCGUGGUAGGCGCGGUCUAUGGGCCUGAAUUCUAUGCAGUGACGGGGUUCCCCUACCCCACCACGGGCACAGCCGUUGCCUACCGGGGCGCACACCUACGGGGUCGGGGCCGGGCCGUGUAUAACACGUUUCGGGCUGCGCCGCCCCCGCCCCCCAUCCCAACUUAUGGAGCGGCACUGGAGCAAACGCUUGUUAAAAUGCCAGUCCCAUGGGCAGGGCUGGCACCCUGCCCCCUCCCUCCUCAGCAGACACCGGAGCCGGCCUACCCCACCUCUCCAGCGUUCCCACCACUCUCUUGUCCGUUUGCUUCCAGGGUCGUGUAUCAGGAUGGCUUUUAUGGUGCUGAGAUUUAUGGGGGCUAUGCAGCCUACAGAUACGCUCAGCCUGCGGCGGCGGCAGCGGCCUACAGCGACAGUUACGGCAGAGUCUAUGCAGCCGCUGACCCCUACCACCACACCAUCGGCCCCGCGGCGACCUACAGCAUCGGAACCAUGGCUAGCCUGUGCCGAGGAGGGUACAGCCGCUUCACCCCCUACUAGCAAGAGGGCCCAGCCCCUAGCAGCAUUCACACUGACUGCCCAGUACACACCAAACCCAGCAGUCCAAAACCAGGCACAGCCACCAGGAGGACAGUGCGCCCCCCCCAGGCCACGGCACGCGACGCCAAAGCCCAUAGGGUUUACCUCCAGCCAGCUGGUCUCCCUGCCCCUCACGAUGGCGUGUGUGUCUUUGACCCUGGUGCCCCCUGUAUGUCUGAAACCUUGCUUCCUAUUUUGACUUUGUUGACGUUGUACCCCCAAGUCGUUUCAGGUACGGUAUGCACAGGGGGAGGGGCUAGGCCGGGCGCACGACCUCUCCCCACGACUAGCAAUAGAGCCCGCCAGGGCGACGCGACCCCCCGGGCCCCGGGGCUGCGCAGCCUCGAAGACACCCCGCGCCACCGUCCCUCCUGGGGUUAGGCCGUCAGACGGAGCUCCCGUCCGCUCGUCGCGGGGUUUCUGGUCGAGACAGUGCUCCCUCCCGACCUUCCCGUCACCCAGCUAAUGACGAGAGUGGCCCGUCCGCCCCCCUCGCCCCCACCACCCUAUCCAGCUGAGACUAACAUUUCGGGUUCGAGUUUGUUGAGGACGUUUCCUGCCCCAAGCAGUCACAAGCACAUGGUACAGGCGGCCCCACCACGGCCACAGCAGCCUCAGGGCUCACUUAGCCUCUAUGUAGGAAAUGACAGUGCAGGAAGGAAUUCCCCGCACCCCGCACCCCCUCCAGCCAGGCGCCCUCAGCCCGCCCCUGGUCCCUCCAGCCCCUGGUGCCUCCAGCCGUGCUCCCAGGAUGGCCCCCCAGCACUGCUCGAGAUGGGGCCUGGCCAGCCUGGUCGCCUUUGCACUUGGCUCCAGCACCCUUUACCCCUCCCCGGGCUUGAAAACAUCCUUUUAUCGGGGUACAUUCCAGAAGGGGCAAGCAGGUGAGGAGUGGGGGAGGCCCACGGCCGGCGCCAGCCUCCCGUCCAGACAGGCUGGAUGCCUUGCUCUGCGGCCUUGGGGCCCCGGUGCUGGGACCCACUGGUACUGCCGAGGCAGCCAGGCAGCUCCUGGAGGAAGGGUCUCGGGCCAGAGCCCCCUCGUGGGCCAGAGCUGGGCUCUGGGUGGGUCCCCGAUGCUGGACCGGCCCCCGCCCCCCUCUGCCCGGAGCACCGCCACCUCAUCCGGGCCCUCGCGGCCUGUGAGGUGCUGUCCAUCCGCCCUGCCCUCGCCUUGACCCACGCAGAGCAGCCGGGCGCCC